CAGUAGUAGUAGAAAAACAACAGGCGAAUUUCAUAAUAUCUAUUUAUUGGAAUAAUUUCGUAGAGAAACAUCGGGGUUUUCUCUGGCAAAUGAAUAUCUCAAAGCCCUUGGAAUAUGUGUAAAAGUGUUGUUUGAAUUCGUCGUCAAACGCUUAAAGCAAGGUCUGGAAAAUGAUGUUUUUGAAACAGACGAUUCGACGGUCUCAACGAUGGGUUCUGGCAACUUUGCUAUUUGGAACAAUUUUAUUAUCACCUGCUUGCGUUGGCACAAACGAAGUCGAUGAGCCUCUUACAAUAGGCCAGCUACCUUUCUGUGAUGAUGAUAGUGCGCCUCGCAAUGAAAUAAGCAAAAGGUUGUUGUACGUUUCUACUUUGGAUGGCAAACUUUCCGCGCUCGAUAUCACGAAAAAUGGGGAAACCAAGUGGUCUGUCGACACAGGAGAGCCGCUACUUUCGUCGAGCAUACAUCGCUUAGAGUUAUCUACAAAUGGAAAGUGGGUUCGCAUGAUCCCGUCUCUCAGUGGAGGACUGUACAAAUUCGAUGGCGAAACUAUCGAAGCAAUACCAAUCAAGGCUGAAGAUUUGCUCAAAUCAUCGUUCAAAUUUUCUGACGACAUCGUCAUAUCGGGUGGCAUCGAGAAAAAUAGUUAUGGAGUCUCCACAAGAACUGGUGAAAUAUUGUAUCAGUGUUCCAUGAGAGGCUGCACGAACUUUACCGCAGCCGAUGAUGAUCAAGCUAAUAAAAGUGAGCAUCAUGACGCGUUAUUAGAUGAUGUAAUGAUUGUCCGAAGGGAGACACAAACUGUGAGAGCGGUCGAUCCCAGAUCCGGAGUAGAAAGAUGGAAUUUUAGUAUCGGCCAGCACGAGUUAGAGCUCAUGAAGAGUAAAGAUUGCCAAGGAGGCGAUAAAAAUGAAGAACUUGAUACAUUAUUGCUUGAUUUAGAAAUACGGGCAGUUAUUCCCGAAGGAAUUAUUUGUGCAUUUAGUAAAAAGGAUCCGUCAAAGAUGUUGUGGAUGAAGAGAUUCUCAUAUCCUAUUGUAAGUGCCUGGAAAUCUGACACUAACGAAAAUGUAGAAAAUAUAGACUUUUUUUCGUCCGCCGAGUGGCUUUGGAAUGGUCAAAGUGGAAUAUUUAGUCAAACAAAAAAAGACGACGAGCAACAAGUGUCACCAUCUAUUUAUCUAGGAAUGUACGAGAAGCAGCCGUACAUUCAAGAAUCAAAUGCAAUACUGCAAAUUAGUCAAGAGAAACAAUAUCAACAGGGAACACAUAUCAUCACGGACGAUCAAUCCGACUUUAAAUUUCGUGUUCCUUUUCGACCAUUUCCAGCCAAUAAAAAUGGCAUUCAAUUAAUUGAAGAUCAUUCAGAGGAGUCUGAAGUCGUAGUUCCUGGAACAACUGAGAGUCCUCCUGAUGUUCCAACGAAUGCCUUAGCAACGUCCGUGUUAUAUGCCUCGGAGUACGUGAAUGGCAACGGAUUCUUUUUCUACACUUCAAAAGACUCCAAUAAGACACAAAAUAACAUUUGUGAUUCGAAAAAUAAAACGCAAACCGAUGAUCAACAGUUUGAUGAGGCAGACUUGGAUUUUACUCUGAUGGAAAGAAUUCAUGCUCUGACAUUCUAUUGGAAUGAAGUUGUAAUCAUCAUUCUGACGACAGCUGUGUUUGUAUAUUUUUUCAUUAAAAAUAGUCGCACGAACGAGAGGGAAUAUGUUGUAGUUGAAAAACAUAUACCAGUCCCAUUUGCCCGAGAAGCAAUCGAAGGCAUUGAUUAUUCGAGAAGUCGCAGCUCUCAACGUAGUACAUCCGAGUCAAAUCAUAGUGAGGGCGUAUUUCAAUCUCGAUUUGCAACUGAUUUCGACGUUGUUCAGAUACUAGGUAAAGGAGGUUUCGGCGUUGUAUUUGCAGUCAAACAUAAAAUUGAUGAUUGUCACUAUGCCAUCAAACGAAUUGUACUGCCAGCCAAAAAAGAAUCACAAGAUCGUGUAAAGCGUGAGGUACGCACUUUAGCAACCUGUGAGCACCAAAAUAUUGUGAGGUAUUUUCAUGCAUGGUACGAAACUCCGCCGCCCGGAUGGCAGGAGCAGCAGGAUCUUUUGAUGCAAAAAAGAGAAGUUUUAUCAACGUCAAUUGACAUUUGUGAGACACCAACAGAAAUUUCAUCUCUGCCAGCAUUCCCAAAAUCAACUGACAAUGACACCAAGAACACAAAUCAGAAUAAAUAUCUGUUAAAUUUGAAUAAAAAGCCAUUUGACAUGGAUGACUUGAGCUCCGUAGGUAACAGUCAUAUCACAAAUGGACAUGGAAGAGAGGCCGAAGAAGAAGAGACGGAUGGUGGAAUUGUAUUUCAAGAUAACAGCGUAUCUUUUAAUGACAAAAAUUACAAUCACCACAAAGACAACGGAUGCGAUGAGGAUGUUGAGGACUCGUUUGUUGUAUUUAAAAAUGAAACGAAAGACAAGUCAAAAAGCGAUAAAGUUGUUGUCUCAAUCAACGGAGAUGACAAUGCCACAGAGUCACAAACUUUCAGUAUUUCAACUGAUAAUCGAAAACUAGUACCUUACCACAAACGCCGUCGUCAUCUUUCUUUAGAUCUCACCAGUGAAGGCAACGUCAGUUUGCCACCAGUCCAAAGUAGUCGCACUUAUCUCUUCAUUCAGAUGCAAUUAUGCCAGAAGCACAGCCUCAAAGAGUGGCUCAGUAAAAACUCUUAUCUCGAGAGGAAAAGUCAAGUUGUGCCAAUUUUCGAACAGAUUGUCGGUGCAGUCGAAUACGUUCAUCUCAAAGGUCUCAUCCACAGAGAUCUCAAGCCCAGUAAUAUUUUUUUCAGUCUCGAUGGCCAAAUUAAAAUAGGAGAUUUUGGUCUUGUUACCGACAUGGCGGAGCAAACGACGCCCAUCAACGAAAAUUCAAUGAGUCUUCCAAACACCUCAAAUAAAAAACACACGCAAGCAGUCGGAACUACCCUUUAUAUGUCGCCAGAACAAAUAUCUGGACUGCCGUACGACUAUAAAGUGGAUAUUUUCUCACUUGGUCUCAUCCUGUUUGAGCUGUAUGCCACAUUCAAUACGGAAAUGGAACGAAUAAACACUCUUAAAGCGGUACGAAGCCAAAAAUUUCCCGAAGAAUUCAAACAGAAUUUUAACAAUGAAUAUGAGUUGUUGAAAUUAAUGCUUAGCGAGAAUCCAGAUGAUCGUCCAACGACAAUUGGCAUUCGAGCGAGACCUCCACUUUUGCAUCAAGUAAGCAAUGGUGAUGAAUAUCACUUUGAGCUACCGCCACGACAAAGGAGAGAAAGUCACAACAGUAAUAAUCAGAAUUCGACAUUCCUUACGACAGAAUCGAUAAAAGGUAAUUUGAUAAAUUUACAGAAAGAGAUCGUCCAUCAUACAGAAAAACUAUCGGAAAAUUAGUUUUAACUUGUUACAGUUUUAAAUAAUUAAUUUUAAAAAUAAAUGUAAAUUUAAGAAAUACAUUAAUUUAUAAACUUAUUGAUCUUUGUAGCCAAAAGAGGUAUUUUUUUUUAAUCUUAGGUAAAUAUUAUUCCUGAGUUCA